AUGAAACGCAAGGACGAUGACCAGGAGGACAGAUCAUGUAGCAGCGCAAGUAAGUUAGAUCCGAUCCCUCUUGAUCUAAAGAUGGCUACAGUGCCUACCAAAUCUCAUAUGAAGAAGAGUCACCAAAAUAAACUCGAGGAAGAUGAGAAAGAAGACACAAACCCUAGUAAGUUAGAGUUAGAUUCGCUGCCUCUUGACCUAAAGAUGGCGAUACUGACUAGAAUCCCUGCCAAGUCUCUUAUGAAGUUGCGAUGCGUGUCAAAGAUGUGGUCUUCCAUCAUCCGAAGCCGAGGUUUCAUUGAUUCCUACUACGCUAUCUCCUCGAAGCAAUCACGGUUUAUAGUCGGUUUGAGUAACGCUGCAUUUAACGAGCCUGAGAAGCAGCUUACCUUCCUCUUCUCGUUUUCCCACGAAGACGGAGAGAAGUCUUCUUCUUCUUCUUUGGUACCCAACUUCGAGAUGGCAGUUCCCUGCAGCUUAGCUGGCCUCUCACACUCUUUGGCUUCUUUCCAUGGCAUUCUCGCUGUUGAAGGUAAGGUGAUGUGUAACCCUAACACGGAGCAAUUCACUACGUUACCCGUUGGCACCAUCUUUGUGGGGUACGAUCCGAUUGACGAUCAAUACAAAGCGCUCGGCUUUGAUUUUGAUAAGAGAUGUCAUGGUAAUGCUAUUGGUCACAAGGUUUGGACAUUGGGAGGUGGUGAAGGAAUGAGACAGAUUAGAGGUGACCUUGCACCUUAUAGACCGAUACUACUACCAAAUGUAUGCAUCAACGGUGUUAUCUACUAUGGUGCUCAUACCUUAUCCCAAACCAAAGAUCCAGUUAUUGUGUGUUUUGAUGUUAGAUCUGAGAAACUAAGUUUUAUCACUGCACCUGCGGUUGUCCUCCAAUCGGGGAUGAAGUCUAUACUCAUAGACUACAAAGGGAAGCUAGCUUCUAUUGUGAGAAACUCCUGUGGUGGUUGUAUCAGCAGUUUUGUUUUUUGGAUACUAGAAGACCCCAAGAAACAUGAAUGGUCUAGGCAAAGUUGUGAUUUUCCCUACUCUCUGUGGGAUUAUGUUGGGAAUGUCAGAAUAUGUUUCUUUGGCACCAACAAGGCUGGUGAGAUCAUUAUUGCCCCAAUGUUUUUGUCACGCGAUGUUCGGUCCUUCUACAUUUUCUACUAUAAUGUUGAAACAAAAACCAUGAGAAGAGUUAGGCUCCGAGGAAUUGGAAGCGAUAUAGAGUUUAGGCGCUCUUAUGGAUCCGAAAACAAGUUGUGUAAUUGCCAUGUCCGUAUCGCACAUCAACACGUUGAGAGUAUUGCCUUUUUAAAGGAUCAUAUAAAUUUAAGAACUUGA